AAUUAAAUUCAGCGCAAAACAGUUUAAAUAUGCAUUUAAAACAAAAACGGUGUUAAAUGAAGUAAUAUUUCUUUAAGCUGUCAAAAUAAUCGUUGUAAAAUGCAUUUUGAUCUAUUAUACAAAGAACUUGGUGAAUUUGGUUUAUUUUCGAAAUACAUCGUUUUUGUUGGAUCUUUAACCAGUACCUAUGCCGGGUUCCUGUUCAUUAAUUCGUUCUUUAUUCUGGGAGUUCCUGAUCACAGAUGUGCUAUACCCGGAUGGGAAAAUGACACGUACGCUGUUCAAAAUGACCUUCACCUUGCCGUUAUAAACAGAACAAUCCCGCUGGCACCAAAGUCAGAGAAAUUCAAAUAUGACCAAUGCAACUAUAGAACAGUAUCAGAAAAUGGACACGUUUCUCUGAAAAAGUGUGUCAAAUGGGUUUAUGACAAGUCUAAUUUCCAGUCGUCUUUGGCUGCAGAUCUGAACAUGGUGUGUGAUCAAGCAAUUCUCAAGUCCAAUGCUCAGAUGGUGUUCUUUGGGGGACUCUUGGCUGGUUCAUUCUUGACUGGAAUCUUUUCAGAUAGAUUCGGUCGAAAACCAACACUAUGUUUGUCUUCAAUAUUCUACUUCAUGGCGGCAAUGGGUAUUGCCUGGACACCCAGCUACGUUGUGUAUGUUUUCCUGACGUUUUGUGUUGGAUUUUUCUCCGUGGGAAAUUUCAUGCCUUCCUUUGUCAUGGGAAUGGAAUUUGUUGGACCGUCUAAGAGACGUUAUCCUGGUCUUGUUGGUGGCUAUUAUUGGAUGGUGGGAAAUUUGAUUUUGGCCGGACUUGGAUAUGGAAUUCGAGACUGGAGCACAUUACAGAUCGUUUGUGCGGCGCCAGGCAUUCUCUUCCAGGUUUUCUGGUUUAUCUUUCCGGAGUCACCAAGAUGGUUGUUUAGCCAAGGCAGACUCGAGGAGUCAAAGGCAAUCAUUCGCAAAGCUGCAAAAUGGGACAAGGUCAUUUUACCUGAGAAAUUUUUUGAUAAAGUGUUUCAAACCGCACCGGAACCUUACCAGGGGAAGAUAUGGCACCUCUUUACAUCUAGGGUAUUGUGUAUCCGUACAUUGAUCAUCUUCUUUAACUGGUUUGUGGUGUGCUUAGCGUAUUAUGGCCUAGCUUUGAACAGUGGGGAUCUGGGAGGAAGCAUGUACCUGAAUUUCUUCCUGCAAGCCCUAAUGGACUUUCCGGCUACAACAAUAGCCCUUGUCCUUCUUGACAGGACCGGAAGAAAACCUUUGCUAGUUGGGAGUAUGAUAAUUGGAGGGCUCGGUUGCCUAGGAACAGUGUUUACCAUUAUCUAUGGCGGAGAAGAAUACAGUGUUGCAACAACAGUGCUAGCUAUGCUUGGAAAGAUUGGUGCGUCUGCCGCUUUCUCAAUGGUGUAUGUGUACUCGGCCGAACUGUAUCCAACAGUAGUGCGGAACGCAGGAAUGGGUUCGAGCUCCUGUAUGGCACGUGUUGGGGGCAUGACAGCUCCAUACAUUGCCGACCUGGAUCGUCUUGUUAGUGGAAGUUUAGGGAAAGCACUGCCGCAGAUUGUUUUUGGCACUCUGUCAAUCAUUGCGGGUCUUUUAGCACUUCACCUUCCUGAGACGUUGAAUCGUAAUUUGCCGGAAACAAUCGAACAAGGCAUACAAUUUGGACGGGAAGACGAAAAGAAAGAAAGAGCAGUUGAAAAUGAAAUUCAUAUCAACAAAGCAUUUGAUGAUCCAAGACCAUGGACUCACCUCUAAGCUAGAAAUAUUAGUACAACCUAAAUGCUAUAAGAGUGUAGUUUCAAAUUAAUUCCAACAUUCAGCUUACCGUCUAAUAUGUCUUCAAAUGAAAUUUAUAUACACUAUUUCAGUUUCCAAAGGCACUUGUUGUAUUCGCUUAAGAAUGUAAAUGUAUGCAUUUGUGCAAGCUUAAUCAUUUAUAAGUGACACUGGUUACCGAUAUGGGAGACUCCUCCAGAACUUGGUUACCCAUAUGGGAGACUCCUCCAGAACUGUUGAUGAUUUCUAAUGAGAAGUGCAAUUUACAUAAGAUUCUCGAAAUGUUCUUUAGCGUGCCAGGUCUAACAAAGCCAGACACAUAACUUAUCUCGAUGACAUGUUAGUUCUGAAGCGGGGAUCGAACUUACGAUACAAUCUGGGUUACCCAAAAAUACCCCCAUCAAUUACGUGCCAUAAAAGUGAAUAACAUAUAAUAUUACGUAUGCAAAUGAAAGCUUAAAAAUAUAUUUGAACCUGUU